CCAAACACAGGAAAACUGGAGAAACAUCUGAGAUCCACGUGACGCUAUUAUAAAGAUGGCGUUGAUUAAACAGGAGAGUGAAGACAUAAAGAUUGAAGAAGUGUUCAGCGUGAAACAUGAAGAUACUGAGGAACAAACAGACCUGAUGCUGCUGAAAGAGGAGAGUCAAGAACUGAAUAAUAUGGAAGAUGAACAUCUUGAUUUCAAGACUGGAGAGAAAUCAACAAAGAUGGAAAAGACUCAGAAGACCAAACCUAACAGUUAUUUCCCUUGCCUUGAAUGUGGAAAAAGUUUCAGUCAAAAAAGAAACCUUAAUUUCCACAUGAUGGUUCACACUGGAGAGAAGCCUUUCACAUGUCAACAGUGUGGAAAAAGUUUCAAUCGAAAACAAAACCUUAAAGACCACUUGAGAAUUCACACUGGAGAAAGUCCUUUCACCUGCCAACAGUGUGGAAAGAGUUUCACUCAAAAAAAAAACCUUAAUUCCCACAUGAGAGUUCACACUGGAGAAAAGCCUUAUACUUGCUGUCAUUGUGAACAGAGUUUUUCACAUAAAAUCUCACUUAAUUGCCACAUGAGAAUUCACACUGGAGAGAAGCCUUUCACCUGCCAAAAGUGUGGAAAGAGUUUCACUCAAAAACAAAACCUUAAAGCCCACAUGAGAAUCCACACUGGAGAAAAACCUUAUACUUGCUGUCAUUGUGAACAGAAUUUUUCACACAAAAACUCACUUAAUGUCCACAUGAGAAAUCACACUGGAGAAAAGCCUUUCACCUGUCAACAGUGUGGAAAAAGUUUCACUCAAACCCAAACCCUUAAAGCCCACAUGAGAGUUCACACUGGAGAGAGUCCUUUCACCUGUCAACAAUGUGGAAAAAGUUUCACUCAAACCCAAACCCUUAAAGCCCACAUGAGAGUUCACACUGGAGAGAGUCCUUUCACAUGUCAACUAUGUGGAAAGAGUUUCACUCAUAAACACAACCUUAAUGUCCACAUGAGAGUUCACACUGGAGAGAAGCCUUUCACAUGCCAACAGUGUGGAAAGAGUUUCACUCAAAUACAAAGCCUUAAUGUCCACAUCAGAAUUCACACUGGAGAGAGUCGUUUCACCUGUCAACAGUGUGGAAAGAGUUUCACUCAAAAACAAAACCUUAAUGUCCACAUGAGAAUUCACACUGGAGAAAAGCCUUAUACUUGCUCUCAUUGUGGACAGAGUUUUGCACAUAAAAACACCCUUAAUUCCCACAUGAGAAUUCACACUGGAGAAAAGCUGUUCAUAUGUGAUCAAUGUGGAAAGCGCUUCACAACAGUUGUAAAUCUUAGGUAUCACAUUAUCAUUCACACUGGAGAGAAACCACUCAUUGGAAAAAGACCGUUCACAUGUGAUCAGUGUGGAAGGAUUUUCACACGUAAAGUAACCCUUAAUUGCCACAUGAGGAUUCACUCAGGAGAGAACAGUUGUAUAUGUCAUCACUGUGGAAAUUGUUUUAGUCAUAAAAGUAGCCUCAGCACUCAUAUGAGACUUCACACUGGAGAGAAACAUUUCAUCUGUAAACUGUGUGGCAAGAGUUUUUCACAAAACGGAAAUCUUAAGGCUCACACGAGUACUUGCACUGGAGAGAAGCGGUUCACGUGUUGAAAAUGCUGUCUUGCUGUGAAAUGCUACUAUGUAACUGAAUGAUUAUACAUAUAAUUACAAAAACUGAA